UGUGACGGCGCCGGGCGCCGGGAAGUGCUUCCGCCCGCGCGUGUCCGGGGGCACCGUGGGCCACCGGGAGUGCCCCGGGAGUGCGGCGGGGACACCCUUGCCUGGUGUGACCGGUCAAGGCCAGGAGAUGUCGACCCCCCCUCUGGCCGGGGCGGGGAUGCCGCCGGGCGCUUUCUCCGGGACGCAGGCUCAGGCUGCCAGGGAGGUGAACACGGCUUCCCUCUGCCGCAUCGGCCAGGAGACCGUGCAGGACAUUGUGUUUCGAACCAUGGAAAUCUUCCAGUUGCUAAGGAACAUGCAGUUACCAAAUGGUGUUACUUAUCAUACUGCAACAUAUCAAGACAGACUGGCAAAGCUGCAGGAACAUCUCCGUCAGCUAUCAAUACUCUUCAGAAAACUGAGAUUAGUCUACGAUAAAUGUAAUGAAAACUGUGCUGGGCUCGAUCCUGUUCCCAUAGAACAACUUAUUCCAUAUGUUGAAGAAGAUGGUUCCAAGCAUGAUGAUCGUGGUGCUGCAAGUCAGCUUCGUUUUGCUAGUGAAGAGAGAAGGGAAAUCAUGGAAGUAAAUAAGAAACUGAAACAGAAAAAUCAGCAGCUGAAGCAGAUCAUGGAUCAGUUACGAAAUCUUAUUUGGGACAUAAAUGCCAUGUUGGCAAUGAGGAACUGAACAAGGAAAAUCAAACUUUGUAACCGAAGAAGAUACAAAUCUGUUUGGAUAUACUUCACUUCCUUCUAAGAAGUAGUAACGUGUUUUUCCACCAUUAUAUUGCAGAAAUGUUUGAAAAGUCUUCAAGAUUAAAAUGUUGAGUCAUUUUCUAGUAAUGUAAAUGGUGUUGCGUUCAUUUUUAUAGAAAAUUCAUCCUAUAAGUUUUACCUGUGUGAUUCUGUUGUACAGCCUCAGUAAUUUACAGUAGUAGUUUGGAUUGCUAUGCAGAUUGGGGGUUUUAUAAAUAGUUUCUGGAUUUUCUUUAUAAUACAAUAAAAAAUUAUAAAAACAUAUGUUUAUAUGCCAUUCUGCAGUGUAAAUAGCCUUAUGGAGAGGAAAAAUUGCAAGACAGAAAAGUUGCUUCAGUAAGCUAGAGGGCUGAAAUCAGCAAUCAGAUACUGCAAUUCAAUCUGCAGUAUUUUAUAUAUUAUCUGCAGUGCAGAGCAGAGCAGGACAAACCCCUCCCUUGCCUGGCUGGUUUCCCCCCCACGACAGGGUUGGCCCUCCUGGCUGCCAGGGCUCUGCUGGCUCAUGUUCAAUUUGCCACUGACCAGGACCCCCAGGUCCUUUUCCACAGUGUUUCUCUCCAGCCUCUCAUUCCCUAGUCUAUACACACAGCCAGGGCUGCCCCAUCCCAGCUGCAGAAUCCAGCACUUGCCCUUGUUAAACUUCACACUGUUGGUGAUUGCCCAGCCCUUUAAUUUAUGGAGGUCUCUCUGCAGGGCCUUUCUGACCCCACGGGAGUCGACAGUUCCUCCCAAUUCAGUCAAAUCAACAAACUUACAUGGUUUUCCUUCCAAUCCUAUAUUGAAGAGCACAGGGCCAAGGAUGGAGCCCUGCAGAACCCCACUAGUGACAGUCACCAGUCUGAUGUGCCUCAUUCACUGUAACACUUUGUGCCCAAUCUGUCAGCCAGUUGCUUACCUGUCAUGUAACUCAGUUAUCCAGCUGUGCUGGGCAUUUUGUGAAAGAAGAGAGAAGGCUUCUGUGAGAGACAGUACCCAAAAGUUUUGCUGGAGUCCAGAAAGAUUACAUCUGCUUUCAGCUUUCCUAGAUCAGCUAGGUGGGUUUCCCUGUUGUAGAAGGAAAUCCGGUUCAGCAUGCUGGACUUCCCCCUCAUGAAGCUGCACUGGCUCUGAACAACUGUGACUGGUGUUGUAUUUCUGUAGCAUUAAGUAUGGUUGGAAUACUUUGGUUUUUUGUACCAGAAUGCACUGAAUAAAGACCUCAUUAAUCUUUUCUCUAUGAUUAUCAGUCCUAGUAAACUUUGGAGUAUAUGAGCAGUUAAUUAUUUUUAGUUAAUUGUAAACCUUCAUCUUUCAUUGUUCUAACUUUGUUACUCCUCACAAUUUUUGUUUGCCCUGAAAAUAAUCUUGAAAAUUGUUAUCCACAGAUGCUGCCAGUGUACUAUGUGUCUCUCCAGAUGAAAAAAUAUAUAAAACAGCUGCAGUAUAAAUCCAUAGGGCACUUUACUCUUAGUAUUUGUCAGGUUGAAAACUAACCAUCCUCACGAUUUACUUCUUGUGUAUCACUUUUAGCUCUAAUUCCAUGCCCAGUCAGACUCCAUAGUAGUUUUUUGUGAAAGACAGAACCUCCUGAAGCAUCCAGUUAAAUGGUAUCCUUUUAAAAGCUACCUUUUUUCAGUAUGAUGGUUUGAUACUGAAUGCUUAGUGAUUUGAGAUUCAUGGAUUUUGAAAUGCUAUGCUGAUUUUCAUAGAGUUGUAGGAUGGUUUGUGUUGGAAGGGACCCUGAAGACCAUCUUGUUCCAGUGCCUCUGCCACAGACAGGAUUGCUCAAAGCCCUCUCUAGCCUCACCUUGAACACUGCCUUGGAUGGGACAUCCGCAGCUUUGCUUGGCAACCUGUUCCAGUGUCUCACCACCCUCACAGGUGUUUUGUUGUUCUAUCAGUCUCUUUAAUUCUGUUUUUUAAUAAUUUCAACCCAUUUGUCUACUCCUUGAGGUAAAAAUCAUUGGUAACAGAUCCGAUCACACCUGGUUAACAAUAUGUGACUUUUCCAUGAAAAUAGGUACAAUUUGGUUGUCUUUUGUUUCUGUUUUUAAAGGUUGUAAAUAUUUACAGAUGAAUGGAUGUCCAAUCUUAUAGUUUAAAACAAAGUGUUAGAAAAUGUUGAUUUUGGUUAGUUUACCCGGUGGUGAAAGUGGUCUGUAUGUAUGACAAUACCUAGAUGGGAGUAGGUGUCAGAACACCUUACAAAUAAAAUCUCUCUCUUUUCUCCCAUGUCGCAAAUGCAGUAAAUAUCUUAGUCUGUGGCAAAGGCCUAAGCAGAAAUAUUUGUUCCCUGUUUAGAUUCACCACUAUGGCAGAUUUGCUGGUCAGAAAUAAUGGUUUUUUCUGCAGCUCUGAGAGUCAUAACUAUUCCGUAUGCAAAGCUUUUGAAAAGAGAUGACUGCAAGUAGAGAUUUUACUUUGUUGUUGGUUUAAAAUGCAAAUGCAUUUUUCUCUUUGCAAGCUGUAGUGGCAGCUUUCUGUUUAGUGCAUGCUUAAGCAUGCAAGCAGCCUAGAAGUAUUUGAAGUGGAUUUUGAAAUGGCACCAUCGUCUUAAUUAUGAGUGUUAAAUUCUCUGUUUGGCAUAUUUUUGUUCUAUUUUUAGAACAGUUAUGAGAAAUGGAACUGGACUGUACUGCUCAUAUAGCAUCUAGGUCUUUUUACUUAAUGUGUUUAAAGUUUGGUGACUUUUUUAUUAUGCACAAACAGUACAGAAGUAACCUAAAAUGUGACUAAGAAUGCAGCUAUUGCAAGUAGAUGUCUGGGUGAUAAAAUAUUCAGCUUUCUCUGUGCAGCUGCUAGCAGUAGCCAAGGCCUGUACUACAGUUUUUCAUCUGGGAGAGAGGAGAAACACUUCAAACCACAACCAGAAUAGAUGGGCAGUAGCUAAAUUGCAAAGUGCAGAAAUAGACAGAAUUGUAAAUUAUCACAGUAAAUGCAGUCAAAGCAGGACUGUGCAAGGUGUUGGACCAAAACCAUACACUUUGACUUACACAAAUGAAAAGCAAGGGUAGUAAACAUAAUUCAAAUGCUAUCGGAUCUGUGAAUAAGUAUAAGAUUUGGCCAAAAAGAUGACGGUUUUAAGAAAAGUGGCAAUUCCUCAGCUGUGAAACACUUGAAUGAAUUACUGGGCACCAACAUGUGUUGAAAUUUAAUAUUUUAUUAAUGCUAACUGAACUUUAACUGCUGGUUAAUGAAGUGGCACCAGAUGAAGUCUUUACAAAUACCAGUAAAGCAAUACAAACACAGAUGUUUCAGUGUUUGGUUUAUGUAUCAUUGACUAUUAUGUCAUUAUAUAUAUCACUGAAAUUAUCUUCAUGCUUCUGGCGUUCCCCUGCUUUCCUCACCAGGCUGGUGGCUCUCAGAAUUGCUGCCUGCAACAGUGCUGGACUUGCUGUCCCUCCUGAACACACAGAGCUCUGACUGGCUCUGGAAAUGCCUCCACUUUGAGCAUCGUUUUCAUGUGACUGGUAAUAAGUAUAGCUGCUUACUAAUGGUUGGACUCAAUGAACAUAAAAGUCUUUUCCAACUUAAAUUAUUAUAUGAUUCUGUGGCUAUUUUUAUGCUUUUGAUAAGGCAGAAGCUGAAUAAACAUGCUGACACUUCUAAAAGCAAAUACCAGGACAUAGGAUCAUUAUAUUUUUGGAAUAUAAAAUAUUUGAGGGGUUUGGAUUUCUUGGGGCUUUGUUUUGCCCAGAUAGGGCUUGGGAGAUAGAGCUAUGAUGUAGAAACUUUAAAGCAUAUUUGUGGGAAUGGUCCUAGUUAACACACACUCUAAAAAUACAACCAUUAAUCCAACACCUUUGUAGACAAAAUAACGGAUAUUGAAUGUGAGUUCAGUGUCACAGCACAGAAGAUGCCUGCUAGGCAGUAUCCAAAGGUCCAAGGUUUUUCUUAGAAGAAGACAAAAGUUCAUAGCAGAUCUAUGCCUUGCUCAGGAGAGGUGCAAGGAGCUUAGCUUUCCUCGUCUCCAUAGAGGCAGCAAGACCAAAUCCAUGACCGUUCUUGUCCCACAAAGAAAAACACUGCUCUGAUUGUAGUAUUUCUUUCUGAUGGAGAAGAAAAACUUGUGCACAAAUGCUACUCAAAUUAAUUACUAAAGAAUGGAUUUAGAGGGAGGAGAAUAAGGGUUCUGGUCAUUGGAACCAAGAUUUCAUCAGUGUGCAGGAUGGCUGUGCAAGCCAAAAACACUUCAGCUGAAGGGUAGCUGACUACUGCUGUGGAAAACAGUAAGCUCCAGAUGUAGGUUUAAAGAACUGAACUUGGAAAAAAAAAAACCACUUUUGAAAAAAUAUGCAAUGACACCCAAAGACACUAUGAGUCAGCUGGGGUUGACAGAGGAUGGAUUAGUUUAAUUGCUUCAUGCUAGCAGAGGAAAUGGGGGAUUAUAAAGGAACUUAAAAAUACAUCAGUGCAAAAAUAUUUGGGGAAGGAAGUGAGUAGUUUUCUCAUUCUUCUUAUGUUGUAGUAAUGAAGACUGAUGUGGUAGAGCAUCAAGGCUUUAAAAGGGAAGGGGAUUUUCCUGACUUGGAAGGUUAUUCCAUAUGUGAAAGGAACAAGCUGACUGAUAUGUAUUGCAGUUUAUUAAUUAAAGUGACAGAAAAUAUGUACUAAUGCCAGCUUUUAUUUAAUAAAAUGUAAUGGAUAAAUGGAAUGUAAGAGCUAAGUAAAUACAAUAUAGUGAAA